AUGGCAGCAGUCGAAGAAAUUCUUGUUACUGGUGUGACAAGAUUAUUGAAAAAUUUGGGUUCUAUUAUUGGUCAGCAGAUUAACGUGGCUCGGGGAGUUGAAAAGGAGCUGAAGAAGCUUAAAAACACCUUGGAGAUGAUUGGGGCGGUAACUUCUGAUGCUGAGGAAAAGCAAGUGAAAGACUCUUCCGUCCGACUUUGGUUAAGAUGGCUUAGAGAUGUUGCGUAUGAUGCUGAUGACGUUCUGGAUGAGUUUUCUUAUGAGGCUAUGCGUAGAUCUGAAAUUCACCGCAAGAGAGAUAAGGUACUAGACUUCUUUUCGUCCUCCAGCACUCUUGCCUUCCCUAUUAAGAUGGUUAAUAAAAUUAAAGCUAUUAAUAAAAAACUAGACGAGAUUACAAGUACCAUGGUGAAAUUUCAGUUGCAAACAAGUAGUCCCAAUGAUGAUCUAAGAACUGACCAACAGUACCGGCAAACUUUUCACUUUGUAGAUAAAAAGAUUGUAGGAAGAGAGAACGAUAGAUCAGCUAUAAUACAGAUGCUAAUGACCCUCAACAUAUCAUCUGUGAAUUCUAGUCGACAAGAAAAUGUUUCUGUCAUACCUGUUCUGGGUAUGGGGGGAGUUGGGAAGACCGCGCUUGCUCAGCUGGUCUACCAAGAUGACUCCAUCAAGAGACACUUUGAACCCAGAGCUUGGGUUUGUGUUUCUGAUGAUUUUGAUAUCUUCAAAAUCGUAAAAGAAAUCAUUGAGUCUGUCACAAAUAAAAAGUGUCCUGAUAUGUCAAAUAAAAGUGUCUUGGCUGGUAUGCUUCAAAAGAAUCUGAAGGGGAAGAGAUAUUUGUUAGUCCUGGACGACCUGUGGAACGAGAAUGCAGAAGACUGGGAAAAGCUAAAGGAUCUGCUAAGAGUGGGUGAUGCUGGAAGCAAAAUCUUAAUCACUACGCGUAACGACACAGUUGCUUCUGUUGUUAGAGGUAUAAUUCCACCUUACAGUCUAAAAUGCUUAUCCGUGAGUGAUUGCUGGUCUGUUAUAAGAAACAAGGCAUUUUCUCCUGGUGGCGCAUUUGAGACCCCAAAUAUGAUAAAAAUAGGAGAGUCAAUAGCGAGUAGAUGUGGUGGUUUACCACUUGCUGCAAAUGUUCUGGGAAAUCUUAUGCGCUUGCAUGCAACCAAGAGCGAUUGGCUGUCAAUCCUAGACCAUGCUAGUUUAAAGACCAUAGAUGCUAAAACUAAAAUCAUAUCUGUAUUAAAAUUAAGUUAUGAUAAAUUACCUUUGCAUUUGAAACUCUGUUUUUCAUAUUGCUCUUUAUUCCCAAAGGAUUGGGUCAUUCAGAGGGAAGUUUUAGUUCGGUUGUGGAUAGCUGAAGGGUUCCUUGGUCCAUCUCAUGUAAGAAAUCAGAUAUCAUUAGAAGAUGCUGGCAAUGAGUAUUUCCAUAGUUUACUGGCCAGUUCGUUCUUUCAAGAUGUGACAUUAGAUGGUUUAGGUGACGUUGUAACAUCCAAGAUGCAUGAUUUGGUACAUGAUCUUGCUCGGAGUGUCAAUGGUGUUCAUGAUAUCAAGAUUGUGAGCUCCGGUGAAAUCGAAUCUGUUUCUAAUUAUCGACGACUGCAGUUAGAUUUAGACGAGCCCACAUCCAUAACAUUUACAGAAGUCCUGAAAAAAACAAAAAGCUUGAGGUCCGUUUUUUCCCUUGAAAAUGAUCAUUUGGGAGAACAUUUACUUCAUACCAAGAAUCUGCGUGUAGUUUGUUUGCUUCUUCAGCAUAAUAUAGACAUUGCUUUGAGAUUUAAGCAUAAGCAUUUGAGGUACCUCGACUUGUCUUAUUGUAGUUUUGAUGAAGCACAAGAUGUGUCCAUCAAUCAACUUUACAAUCUGCAGUCAUUGGUGCUUCAAGGAUGCAAAAAUGUUAGAAUGACUCUUGUAGGCAUUGGGUCUCUGACUAUAUUAAGGCACCUGGAUCUCUCAUAUUCGGAUAUUGAAAAGCUACCUGAUUCUGUCUCUCAACUUACUAAUUUGCACACAUUAGAUCUUAAUGGUUGCGAAAUUCUAGAAGCCUUACCUUCAAAUAUUGGGUCUUUGAAAGACCUGAGAGUGUUGAAAGUACAAAACUGUAGAACUUUAAGAGUCUUACCAAUAGAUCUCGGAGCAUUGACACGAUUAAGGUCCAUGGAUUUGUCAUUUACUAAGAUUGAAGUAUUACCUGAAUCAUGCAUUAGCAACCUUUGUAAUUUGGAGAUCAUGGUAUUUGGGGGUUGUAAACUUCCAAAAGAAAUAACAAAUUGGCCGAAAUUGAGAAUUCUUAAACAUGAUAGAGAAGAUGAAAUGCCCAGAGGUAUAGAUGCUCUAACUUGCCUUGAGUUGUUGGAUUGGAAUGUUAGAUGGAACAGAGUAACCAUCUCUUGUAGUGGUGGUGGUAUUGGGAUGGAAGAAUUAUCCAACUUAAAUUCUCUACAGGAGUUAAGGAUUCCCAAUUUGCAAUUUGUGAGGGGUGGUAUUGAUGCAGAGAGAGCAAAGUUAAAAGAUAAGAUAAACCUCUGUAAAUUGUUACUAAAAUGGGGGUCCAUUUUCGAAGUUGUGGAUGAAAUGGCAUUUGACGAGGUGUUUGAGGGUCUGGAACCUCAUCCUAAUGUGGGAAAGUUGGAAAUACAUGAAUUCCCGGGUUUAAAGCUUCCGAAAUGGAUGGGUUCAUCCAAUUGCCUUCCGAAUUUAGUGGAAUUAACAUUAUGGAAUUGCAAUAGAUGUGAGAAGCUACCAUCGCUGGGUCUGCUCCCAUAUCUUAAGGUUCUUGAGAUUGAUGGUAUGGACUCAGUGAAGGUUUUGGGUGGAGAGGUUAAUUAUCAGCAAGAUGAAGAGGUUGAGUUUAUUGGAAAUGUUGGUACAAUGUCAUUGUUUCCUUCGUUAGUUCAUUUGGAGAUCAGAAAUAUGAAAAAUCUCACAGAAUGGGUUACUCCUCUUCCAAUUUAUAAUUCAUUUCCUUGUAUUUACAAGUUAAAUAUCCAGGGAUGCCGGAAACUGAGAAGCACACCAGAUUUAUUUUCUUUUCUUAAGGAACUGAGAUUACAAUUCACCACUGGCAAGGCAGUAAACUUAAUGUUUGCUACUGGAAGACUUACCUCUCUCACAUACAUUGAAAUACAUUAUUGUUCAAAGCUAAGAUUUCUCCCUCUUGGCAUACUUCUACAAAAAGCUACUCCCAACCUUCAAAAACUGCAAAUCAGUGAAUGCAAUCAGUUUCAAGGCUUUGUUGAAGAUAGUGAUCUAAACGACGUCAAAGAUGGUGAUGGUGAUGUUGAUAGUGACAAUGAUACUGAUGAUGGCUCCGAAACAAUAUUAUCUUUCUCAUGUCCUAAAAUCAACACCAACUCCAACAAUACCAGCAAUUCCCUCCGCUCAAUAUUUUUGAGCGACUGUCAUGUUUUAACAUUACUCCCGGAUUUACGAUUGUUUACUUCUCUCCGGAAACUGUAUAUCUCUUGCUGCACCAAGUUGGAGUCGAUACCCUACGAUCUUAAGACUCUUACCUUUCUUGAAGAUUUGGUGUUUGAUUUUAUCCAAAGCGAAUACGAGCAUCCAGAAGAUCCAGCUGAUAAAUCAUUACGUAUCGCGAACAGGUGUAAUGUGAAUUGUUGAAUGGUUUUUAAGUUUAGAAUGUUGGUUGAUCAUCACAUGGAGACGAAGAAGCUGGAUGGUUGCAGAUAGAGUUAUCAAUAAAUCUGCAGGAAAAUGAAGAACAGAACCAAGAAGAAUUUUGAGAUUUUCCAAAGCAUAGUGGUGAUGCCUGCUGAAUCAUUUCAGAGGAGUAUAAGUCGAUCCGGCUUAUAUAGAUGACACCAGAGAGUGAUGGUGUUUGGUGUUAUUUUGUACCGACUUCUUUCUUGCCUCUACAAAUGAUUGGUGGUGGUUGUGGCGCCAACCUAGCUGGAAUGACAGUCGCAAUAUUCUUUUUUUCGGGUUAUCUCUUAGGGUAAGCUGACAUAAUCGGUACAGUUCCUGAUUCACUAUUGGGCUUAUAAUCUUUUCAAUGUGCCUUUCAAUGUGAUUAUCUUACGCCACCCCCAACCCACUGUAUUUCUCAUUAAGACCGGGGUUUCGCUAUGACUUCCUAACCUUAUCAGUAGUUUUCUCAAAUAUCUCAAAGUUUUUUAUCAUCGUUUAAUUUCCUACCAUUAAAAGAAACAGGAAUAAACAUAGGAAAAUCAUGUCCCAAAUCAAAUGUGAUACUGAAUUCAUCUUUUAACUGUAUAUACUG